AUGCAGCCAAACAACCUUCCACAAAAAUCAAACUUUAUUACUCCACAGGACCAAGACCACUUAACCGCCAACAAAGAUAUUUUAGAAUUAAUUUCUAAUAAUGGUAAAUCGAGUGUAGAUUAUCGUAAAGCAUCCACUGUGUUUAUGGUGAAAUUAUUCAAUGAGUUACAACAAGGAAAAACAAUAACACAGGGAUCUGGUCAAUCUCGGGUAAAGCCCGAUAUUUCUAAGUCAGAUACAAUUCGAAGUUUCUCUGCUGAAGCUAAAACCAAUUCAAUAAAAAAAUCUAAUAGAAUUGUUUACUUUCAAAUACCAGAGCUACCAAAUAAUGAACGUUUAAGGACAGCAGAGAUUAGAUUUUUACGACACCCUAUCAAAUAUGUGCCAGGAGUUAAGAUGAGGUUUAAAAUUGAGCUAAAGAGGGGCGAUUCCGUGGUUAAAAAGGUUGUUUUAAGAGUAAAAACACAAUCACAGGGCGAACACGAAGUUAUUGAUGUUAGCAGAAUUGUUAGACCAUGGUUUAAUGGAUACCAGGGAAAUCUCUCUAUUCACAUUAAAGUCCCCAAAAAGCUUAAAUUAACCAAACACCGAGGUUCGGUGAAUUUUGGUGUUUUAAUAGUAUUUUACUUGGAAGAUGAACAGUUUUUAUCAAGCGUGUACAAAAAUCAGAAGCAAGAAAAACGUGAUAAAGAAUUGGGUUUAAACAUUGUUCCUUCCAGAAAGAAACGACAUAAGAUUGGGAGAGGCGGUCGUAGGAGGAACAGGGGAGAAUGCAAACUUUACAAUUUUGAAGUGGACUUUAAUGUCAUAGGCUGGGGGCAAUGGGUUAUUCACCCUCAAAAGUUUAAUGCUCGAUUUUGUUUCGGAGAAUGUGCCUCUCCCAUUGACGUUAAAUACAAACCCACAAAUCAUGCGAUGUUGAAAGCCUUAAUGCGUGCGAAGGGGACAAAUUCUGCUCCAGCUGCGUGUUGCGUUCCUACGAAACUAAGGCCACUGACUAUGUUAUAUUAUGAAUACGAUGAAAUUGUAGUGAGACAUCACGAGGAAAUGAUUGCAUCAGAAUGUGGCUGUCGAUAA